GCCUGGCUGGAUGUUGUUACAUUGAAGCUCCCUCAUUUUGUGUUUGUAUUAAUUUUUGUUUUAUUUGAAACAUUUAAUUGGCGGCUGAUUCUCUUAAUAAUAUCUACGUUGAAGUAGCGCAUGAAAUUUCAGGACUUUUUUUUGGAAAGGAUUUAUUAAAAGAAGAAAAUCGUCUUUAUUUCUCAAUAUACAAAUAUUAGAAAUGAGUGUUUUUAAGAACAAAAGUUUGUUUCUGUUUUGACAUCGUAGUUCGACGUUUCCUUUUCGUUUUUCCUUGUGAAUCCGGAAAUCUAAUUGAUAGAGGGCUAGUGUAGAGGUUUUCUGUUUUUGUUUGAAACCUCUCCGUCUUUGGCAGGAGCUGGUGACAGAUUGUGCCAGCUGAUUGCUGCCAACUUCCCGGCGACUUCUUGGAGCAGAUAGAGUGAUGGAUACUAUCGUGGUGUAAAAGAAGUCACGUGCUAAAGUGCAAUUUUCUGUUCGUGGUUGAGGGCCUUGGAGAGUUUUGGAUCCAGCGCACCUUGUUUGGUGCAGGUACAAUGGCAAAACAUGUUGCGAUAAUUAACACAACUGGAGAACUGAAAGAAUACACAGACCAGAACCUUUUUCCAGUAAAGGAUAGUAUAUCCAUGGUCGCAGCAUCUGUUUCCAACAUCGUCUCUCAAACCAAGAUCUUGCCCAAAACCUUAGGCCUAGCAAACGUGAAUGUUGCACCCCAAAUGAUCAUAAGCACACCACAGCGACUGAACAACACUGGAAGUGUUCUGAUCGGAAGUCCUUACACCCCCACGCCAACGAUGGUUACCCAGAGUCACAUAACAGACACUUCUGGAUGGGUUUCAGGGAGCAGAAAACGUACUCAUGAAUUUAUUGAAUCUGAUUUUUCAGAAAAUAAGCGAAGCAAGAAAGGGGAAAAGAAUGGGAAGGGCCUACGGCACUUUUCAAUGAAAGUAUGUGAAAAGGUGCAGCGGAAAGGAACGACUUCUUACAAUGAGGUGGCUGAUGAGUUGGUGGCCGAAUUCAGCAAUUCCAAUAACCAUAUGUCUUCAGAUUCUCAGGCAUAUGAUCAGAAGAACAUACGGCGCCGUGUUUACGAUGCUCUGAAUGUGCUAAUGGCUAUGAACAUCAUUUCAAAAGAGAAGAAAGAAAUCCGAUGGAUCGGGCUUCCCACAAAUUCCGCUCAGGAAUUCCAGAACCUUGAGGUGGAGAAGCAGAGGCGAAUAGAGCGAAUCAAACAAAAAAGGGCUCAACUAGAAGAAUUGAUACUACAGCAAAUCGCAUUUAAGAACCUGGUACAGAGGAAUCGACAAUUGGAACAACAGACGCAGAGUCCCCCUGCACCGAACUCGACUAUUCAGCUGCCUUUCAUCAUAGUCAACACCAGCAAAAGGACUGUCAUCGACUGCAGCAUCUCCAGUGAUAAGUUUGAAUAUCUCUUCAACUUUGACAACACCUUUGAGAUUCAUGAUGAUAUUGAAGUUCUGAAACGUAUGGGAAUGUCCUUUGGCUUGGAAUCCGGCAAAUGCACUCCAGAAAAUUUAAAAACUGCAAACUCAUUGGUGCCAAAGGUAUUGCAGCCGUACAUUGCAGAAAUGGCAGAAGGAACAUCCUGGGCAAACAGUGAAGUGCCUUCAGAUCUAGUGCAGACUGCCUCCGCUCUGUCAACAACUGGAUCUGUUUCACAGUCAAGUGUAAACCCUGGGUUUUCAUUGGAUGUAGAAGUUGCCUUAGCAACAGGACAGUUUCUUGCUCCACAGAGUCACCACUCAAGCAGCGUCGCAUCGCACUUUGAAUCACGAGGUGAAACACCAUGUUCGUUUAAUGACGAUGACGAAGAUGAUGACGAUGAUGAAGAUGACUGCUCUUCGCUUGUUGAAGGAGAGUAAGGAGGGUGCUGACAUACUUCUCAAGCUGCUCAUGUGUGCUUUUAAUGAAGCUGUACUGUACUAUGUUUCACCAUCCGCUCUUGUCAACUUUGUGACUGACCCUAGCAAACUGUAAGCUGAGGGGAGAAUAAUAAACACCAAUGCUGUGUGAAUGUACGGAGUUCUGUGAUGCAGCCUCGAGCUUGUUGCUACACAUUUUUACAUCCAGUAAAAAAUGAUCCAAAGUUGAUUGGCUGGCACAGUUUUAAUAGCUGCUACUUUUUUUUUUGUUCUGGUUUGUUUUACCUUUCAAUCUUGCCCUUGACCAUUUCUACCUUUUAGGAAAGCCGUGAGGUAGACAGCCCGGUUGUUCCAGUGUUGAAGUUAUAAAUGUGCUUGUUGUGGGUGAUGUUUGGAGUUUGGAGGUGUGCUGAGGUGACAAAUUGCUUUAGUUAUAUUCCAAUUUUUACAUUGUUGAGGCUAGUGGAGCCCAUGGAGACGUUGAGGCGGUGAAGUAUUUGGAGCAAGUAACAUAAACUUCCUCACGUGUUUGCCCAUAUUAAAAACAAGAGACUCCGAUGUUGGCGGAAGCUAAUGUGUAGCAUCCAUUUGGAAGGAUCUCUAUUCCCCCCCCCCAAAAAUUUAAUUUUGUUGUCUUAAAUUGACUGUGAAUGAUUUUCUGAGUGUUGAGCAACAAAUCAACUAGCAUUCCUUUUUUUUCAAUGGCAUCCAUCCAGAAGAUGAGGAGAACAAGUUCAAGGUGUUGAUCAUGUCCAGAAACAGUGAUCAGCAACAAAUUUAAGAUGGCUGCACUCUAGCCUGUGGCUGUGCUGAUUGAUCUGAUGAGAUGUUUCUCUGUACUGAUUCGAAAGGUGCCAACUUUCAUCCCUAGAAUUAGCUAAUCCUCAAGUCACUGCGACUGAUCUCCAGUCUCAAUUAGAGGAUUGGUUAGACUUAGCUAUCCUGAUCUCUGUUCAGCAAAUUCCACGCAGAUCUACUUGUUCCGAGAUCGGGCAAGAUUAGAAUCAGCCCAGAAGAGGUGUAGUCAAAUAAUUUUAGCAACAGUCAGUUGUAGAGGAUCACUAGUGAAUUAUCAUCCUUAUGUGGAGGAACCAGGGGAUGACUGGGUCCAGAGAGCAAGAGCCGAACAAGAAGCAUUUUCAGGUAGAGGAGAAAUAAAAUAAAAUAACAAGUAGUGUAAGGAAUCACUUUAUUACUGACUUCCAGCUUAUGUACAUUGAAUGAUGGCAAAAGCGGCCAUCUUUCUCGGAUGUAACUUUUACUCUUUCACAGAAUAAUAUCAGAUAAAAUACAGGUUCUGCCUGAUGCACCGGGCAGAAUAAUUGCUGAAAUUCAAAUAAUUUACAGCCGUGCGUUCAUGCACCAACCUCUCCUUUCAGAGUCUGUCAUCUGCAGAUGUAAACCUUGAUGAACUCAAUGAGGGUGAAUUGAUUAUGGGCAUUUGUGGAGAACAGGCAUCAGCGUAUCAGACAGCCCUCUCUAGGUCACACGCCAUUUACUAUUGCAGCGACCACAUAACAGAAGGGCUGUGAUAAGCUGUCGUUUGUUACUGUCUGUCUGUUCGAAUAUCCAAGACCAAUUUCAAUCCUUUUGUGUUCUCCUUUUGUAAAUAAUUAGCCAUGUUCUUAAUUUUUCAUUGAAGUUUUAUAUCCACUUGGUAGAAAUCUGUUCACCGUGUGUAUAUUUAUAUAUAUAAAGAAAUCUGUUGUGCUACAAGUGACAUGUUAUGAUAUACAUACCUUUUGGUAUGGUUUAAAACAAGGACAUCAUUAUUGACUGUGCUAAUGAACAUACCUGCAUGGCCUUUGGUGAUGAUUCCUGUUUUAUCAGGGCGAAUAUUUCCACGAUAAACUUUUAAAAAAUUGUAUUGUAGAACAUGGAAUAAAAUAAUUUAAAGACAAUCAAAUGUAAAGCUUCUUCACUGACUGGUGUGGACUGCACAGGAUUGAAGUAAGCUGCAGAAAGUUGUGAACUCAGUCAGUUCCAUCAUGGGCACCAGCCUCCCCAGCAUACAGGACACCUUCAAAGAAUGAUGCUCAAAAAAAAAGGCAGCAUUCAUCAUUGAAGGCUCCCAUCACCCAGG